AUGGCCCAGCUCUACUUGGACCUCGGCCACGGGGACAUCUUCAUCGGCGACUUCUUCCUCGGCAUCUUCUUCGACGUGUCCUCCCCCGACCUGGUGCAGCUCGACGACGUGGCCUUCUCCAUGUUCGAUGCCAUCCUCUUCUUCUUCUCCUACGCCGUGUACACCAUCGACAUCUACGAAAACGGACAAAUCGACCUCUGCGCUGGACUACAAGAUGAAGAAGCUGUGGCUGCCGCUCUCACGGAAGACCUGGAUACAGAGAACUUCUCAACUGGCCUCUCCCCUAUCCCUGAGGAUCUGCCCUUGCCUAAUCUCAAGCCGACACCUGUUGUGGUAACGACUUCUGAAAAGGAGCUCAACUGGUUCGCAGCACUUCAUGACACCCGUGAGCUUCGUGGUAUUCGACGUCUCGUGACUAAACACGGGGUGAAACCAAUGGCUGCGGAUCAUGAGGGUCGUAGCACUCCAUCGCCCCUUAGAUCAGAGACCACUGCGAGCUCCUCCUCUUCUACUUCCUCUUUGGUUUGUGGUGGGAAUGUUCCAGUCGGCGAUGAUGAUCCCGCUCCGUCCUUCUCCAGCUCCGCUACGUCCAAUGGUCAACCUGGUCCUGGUAAUUCCUCCAAUGAUCCUUGGCAGCCAUGCGAAUGGCAGUCGGAACCUGGUGUGCAACAAGAUGGAGGUAUCACAACACGCGGCGGACGAACCCGGGUGGGAAGAGACAGAUGGCACUAUGAAGAUGGCUCGGUUCGUUAUCGCCUUCGUGAACGACUCGCUGUCGAUGCCACUGGUGAUGAUGACAUUAUUCAGGUGUCCUCGUCCGACUCGCCUUCUAUCCUGGUCCCUCAGGUCGCACCUUUCACUGUCCAAGGUCACACUUUGGGUGACAAUGGCAACUGGUCGCUGCAGGCCACCACCUUCUAUGGGGAGACGUUUAGUGUGCACUCUGACAAACCUACUGUUGGUGAGGCCUCCACAACUGCGGGGAGCUCGAGCGUGGACGACUCUGAACACAGCUCCACGUCCACAUCCGAAGACAACCAGAUUGGCGUGGGGUUCUGGCGCCACGGAGUGUGGAUCAACCGCCCUCGCACACCCCAAGAGCUUCGUCAACAUGUUGGUGGAGCAGGUGCUAAACGAUUGGCUAGGAGACAAAACCGUGUCUCUUCUUACCUACGGGGUGAAUGGAUUCCUGCGUGGUUACGGGACUACAAACAGCAGAAGGCUGAUCGUGAUCUACAGAAGGCCGACGCAGUUUGCCAGCUUCCUUGUGCACCUGACUCAACUGUGUCGACACCCGGCAGCCAUGAUUGUGUUCAAGCCAAUGUGGAGCCCUCGCUCACUACUUUGAACAAUGAUGGAAACCAGCCGUGUUCUUCCGCCUCUCCUUCUACCCUGGAACAUGAUUCACAACAAUGGUGGUGGCAGUGGAAUGCGAAUGGAUCAUGGUCGUGGACGAGCUCGUGGGACUGGUCACAACAGUGGGGUGACUCUUCGUGGACGUGGUCUUCCUCCUCUUCCACUACAAGUUCGACGUUUGUGGUCAUCCCCAAUGCUGGCCUUUUUCCUGACGUCACUCCUGCCCCACCACCACCUGUUCCUCCUGGUGACUGGAUGAUGAGCAUCACCAAUGGUGAAGAAGCCACUCUUCUUGAAGCCGGGAUACCUCGCGGAUUGGUGGAUCGUGUGGCUGCACUCCUAGCAUCUCUUGACCGCCAUCAAGCACAGGGUUCAGGCCCUGAAAGUCGUUGGGCCAUUGCGUGUCUUGUCCGACGGAUUGACGAAGGUCAAGAGGCUCUGGAUCGAGUUCGAGAUGUGCUAGCUCGUCGACUCGUUCCUCGUGGUUUUCUUCCAGUUCGUCGUAUACCAGCACAGGAAAUGGAAAGAUGGCGCCUUUUCAAUUGGGCGCGGGGACACACUGAUCUUCUACAGCAGAUCUUUCAGCAUCACUUAGAUGUACGACUCCAACCUCGUGAAUCUGGUCCGAGCCCCCAGUUCCUGCCUGAGAGUCCGCAGAGCAUUGUUCACUCUGCUGAACUCGACGGAUCCACAGAAGAUGCAGGUCCAACUGGGGCUUCCUCCCCUGUGGCAUCAGUUCACUCUGGAGCACAGUUGGAGUCUUCGGAGGAGAGUGGACCGGUGCAACCAUCCAUGGACAGUGAAUGGGCCUAUAACUCUCGGGGUGAGUUGGUCUUUGUUCCUCCGGCCUCGGCUGAAGGCUCCCCUCGCGGACCUCCGCCACCUGAACCAGUAAACUUGCCACCUUGUUCUGAGCAGGGUGAUGCUGCAAGUUCGUCCUCGUCGACUGAAUCGGUUCAUCCUUCGCUACCUCCUGCCCCUACAGAACUACUCGGCAUUUGGAAGGAACCAGAGACUACAACUUCGACCAGUACCUCCUCAAUGGUGUGGCUGGGUCCCUACCCCAGCAGUACAACGACAUCGACAUUGCAGCUGGACGUUUAUGGGGUGAAUUUCUCUGUGGAGCUGACUUCUGCUGAAUGGUGUCCGUCCUUCUGGAUUGAACAAGCUGACUGGAUCCUGGGUGAAGGAUGUCUGGAUUGCUUUGGAACAACUACAACGACCACUACCUGGGCUGAUGGGUGGGGACCUAUGUCGACCAGCACUUCCACGACCUCGUCAUUGCCCUGGCCCUCGGAUAUUGUAAGAGAUGAAGUCUCCAGACAAGCCAUCCAUGGUGGUCAGGCCGACAUCAUUGAUCUCAUUCGCCGUUUACUUGACCGACAACGAAGACUUCGACAUGUCGAUCGAUUAUUGAGUGAUGCCAUUGAGGAGGCCUUACAGUGGGUUCACCUACCCCUCGUUGCAGUGCCGCUCAAUUCUGGGACCAUGGAGGGACAUAUUUGGCACACGGUCUCUCAACAGGCCUCGUUUGGUUCAGCUCCUUCUGAGUCGACACCAUCCCAGACUGCCUCUUCACCGGCCGUCCUCCUUCAGCCUGGGUUUCCGCGGACGAUAGAAGAGAUUGUGUACGCACUGGGAGAUGACUACUCCGAGCCUAGUCGCUUUGCUCAUCUUCGUCGUCGAGCUUGGCGAGUACAUGUACACAACAUCUUACAAGCAGCCGAUGGUGUUCUUCCAGCUAAUGAACCAGACCAAGAUCGAGAUCUCUAUUUGGUGCAGAUCAAUGAGGAUAUGCCGAUUCCGAACUGGCCAGAGGACGAAGAUGCACAUCGACCUGAGAUCCCAUGGCAUAGAUUGUCUGUUGAUGGGCUUCGUCGACGGGGUCGUACUCGACGUCCUCCUCCACGGUUUGCUGAUCCUGAUCGAGUUCCUUCCGUUGAUUCAGGAGAAGUUCAUGAUAGAGUGACUGAUGCUCCUCGUCAUGUUGCUGUUCGUCCUCCUCCUGCCGAUUCAGCCGGUGUUCAUGAUGCUGCUGACUUAUCGGAAGACUCAGGGCCUCAUGGUCAGAGGGAGCGAAGCAGAAGUCGAGAUGGAGAAUGA